AUGGGUGUCAAUGGACUGUGGCAUCUAGUACAACCAGCUGGCCGACCCAUCACUUUCGAUGACCUGGCUGACAAGGUGGUGGCGAUUGACAUCAGCAGUUGGGUGUACCAAUACAUGAAAGCCAUGCGCGACCAGGACGGUGAGGUCAUCAAGAACGCUCACCUGUUGGGUCUGUUCCGGCGACUGUGCAUCCUGCUGUACCAUGGGGUUAAGCCCAUCAUAGUCUUCGACGGUGCUGCCCCGGCCCUAAAGCUGCGCACUCUGAGCAAACGAAAGCAAUUCCGAGACAGAUCGCAGGAUACUCUGAGGAAGACAGCUGAGCGGCUCUUCCAAAGUCAGAUGAGAAUCCAUGCGCUGUCGACUCUCGCGGGCAAAGAAGUAGACGUAGCGUCGCUUUACAAGAAACCCAAUCAAACGGAGGAUGACAUGUUUAUUCCAGCCGAAGACGCAAAGGUCGACGGCUCCGUUGUAAUACAUGAGCAAAGUGCAGAGGAAAUUGCGAAAGAAGCUGAACUCGCAAGAGCCAAAGAACAGCAGACCAUGGACAGCGACAGCGACAGCGAUGACCAUGACCAUGCGCAGCAGAGACCUCCGCAACAGCAGCAGCACCCGCAUACGCACUGGCAACCAUUGGACAGUGUACAAGCAGACACAGCGCAACCAACCGCCGCAGGUGAGGGGACUGACGACGCCGAUGCCUAUAUGCAGCGAGAACAGUUUCUGUCAAAAUUUCUUAUGGUGGAUGUUACGAAGUUCGACGUGACGUCUGAGCAGUUUCUGGCGUUACCUGCUGACAUCCAGCACGAGAUAUUGGUGGAGGUGCAGGAGAGGCAGAAGCAUUGGACUCGCUUUAAUAAGGAAAAGGCAUCGCAUGAGAUGUCCAAAGACGCCACGUCGUACAGUGAUAUGCAAAUACAGCGGUUGCUGAAGAAGAAUCACAUUUCUAGGCAGAUCGAUGAUGUCCGCGCGAGGCUGCAAUAUGUCAACGACGAGUCAGGAGUAGGAUCAAGACGGGUAGCGGGAGAUGCCGACACCGAGUUUGUUCUGCAAUAUUUCAAAGAGGAUAACGAUGAUGGUGAAACGGAAAUGAAACAAAUUGCGGGGCCUCGGAAUGUGCCUCGCAUCGCCAAUACUGCAACGCCGCCACCCGGAAGUGUGCCAGUGACUGUCCAGGUGCCUAUCAAAGUGCUGGAUGGCAUUGAGACUGACGGUGAUAGCGAUGACGACCUGUUUCCUGCAUCCAUGUUUGAUCCCUCUCACCCAAGCAACUUCACCAUGGAUGAUCCCGACAUCGCAGAUGAUGAUCAAGUGCUGGAGACCGGCAAAGCAACCGCCUCGAACGAAGGCGACGAAGACGCACAACUGCAGAUGGCCAUAGCCAUGUCACUUGGACAGCCAGUACAAGCAGUAGAGCACACUGCCACAACAGCACACAGCAGCAGAACACACACAGCAAUGCACACACAGGGCCCAACUGCAAACGCACUCGGCACACGCAUUGCCCCACCGUCCUCACCAGACAAUGGCACAGACGAUGAGUUGCAGAUGGCCCUCGCUCUGUCUCUCCAACAAGCGCAAUCCCCCAGUCACGCUACUGGUGAGCUAAAGCGGACAGACAGCGCUGAACAGUUGCAACAGGCGUUGGCGCUGUCGAGAGAAGAGAUGAACAAGCCAAGAAUCAAUAGGGACCCGAUUCAGACUAGCAGCCACAAGCUAGUCAAGAUCCCCUCCGGUAAAGGCAAAGCCAAGGCUGAUGAACCAACUGCCUUCGCGUCAAUCACAGUAACAAAUUUGCCAACUACCAAUGGCGAAGGGUCUAGUCGGAGACUGACGUCGUCGCCAUUCGCCAUGCAAAGAAGUACGAUGCCAUCAGUCAAACAUCCUGUGCCUGUCAACGGCGAGAGCAGCUCGUCGAAAUCAAUGAUUUGUAUUCCUUCAGCACAGAGCGGUAGUAAUACAAUACAGAGUGGCACCGUUACACCGACACGGCCAAUGGCACUUGCGCACCCCUCAAGUGCAGCGUCUAUACAAAGCACCGGCGGCCCUUCCAAACACCUGACUAGCUCACCAUUUGCGAUUCCGUUUCCCGAACGUGACACUCUUGCACCGAAUUCUACGACCAGUGGAAACAAAGGGAACGACCGCAUCACAACAGCAUCUGGCUACAGUAGGGAACAUUGGAAUACAAAGUCGUCUGAAAGAGGCGAAAUGGUCGGCAGUUCGGUUGCCACGGCAAGCAUCGCGGACAAAUCUGAGCAGGAUGUCACACAUGUCGAAAUGGCAGCGAAAGCAACACCAUCUAUUGCUGAUGCGACGAAUACAAAUUUUCAAGGCGAUUACAAGCGCAUGCAGCAACAGACUGAAAACAAGACGAACCAACAAGCACAUACAACACAGAAGGCAUUGCCCAUGACACAUAACACCCACAACACAGGACAUACCGACCAGCCAACAGAACCGAUGACACGCACGACAGAACAAGACACACGCGCGACAGACGGGCAGACGAGCGACGCCGUCAGUGAGGCGUAUGGCGACAUCGACGACGACGAUGAUGCAGCAGUCACUGAGGCGCAUGCGGGCUUUGAUUAUUUGUUGAAUGGCGACACCAAUGCGGACGACGAUGCGUUGCUCAACGAACAGUUUGGAUUCUUCAUCGACAGUGACGACGAGAAACAGAAGCAGAAGGACAAGGCCAACCACACGCUGAGUGAUACCACGGGCAAUGGGAGCCAAUACAGGGGGUGCGAUGAUGCACAGGAAAGUGAAUGGGGAAGGCAAGGGCAGGACAAUGCUGGUCAGAUACAGUCAUCGGAAAUAAAUAUAACAAAUGCUGGAAUAUAUAAUGUUUUACCCGAACGAAAAGGGAGCAGUGGACCUACACAAUCAGACGACAUCUCCAAAAAAGAAUACGUACGUGUUACGAAUAUAAAGGCGAAUACGCAUACUGAGGACGUCAUCACAGACACCGCAACUGGUCAUGAGAGCGAAGACAAUGCCACUACAGCGCUGGGGGCCCCAUCGCCUUCUACGAACAGUAGAGGCGCAUCUGACAGUGCGACCAACCCAUCGCCACCACACGCGACAACACCACCAGCAGAUGUGCACAAGAAAGUAGACGCCUCUAUGGGACAUUGGCCAACUCACGAAGAGAUGCGCGCAGAUGAUCAAAUGGACAUGGAUUUAACCAACGACAGUCCUUCCCAAACACACGAGGCGUCCCGCCCACCCCUCCCACAGGAUCAGCCACAAGUGCAGGUGGAUGGGGUGCCCAUACACGUCGACGAUGCCCAUAAAUACACCAGAACAGAUGGGCAGAAGCAUAUCAGAGGCAGCCAUGGGCCACGAGGCGGUGCAAACGACACCGACCCCUUCACAGACAUAGACAGUCUCUACGGCGCAACCACAGACGACGAUGCCAUGCGCAACACCGACAACGCCUUGGGCGAUCAAAGCGAAAUGGAUGCAGAUGGUGGGCUGUUUGCUGAGGACAGUGAUGAUGAUGCAAUGGACGGCAUCAUCGGGAUGAUCAACAUGGACGACAUCGAAGGAAUCCAGGGCCAACUGCGACAGGAGUGGAAACAAAUUCGGAAAGAGAAGCGUGCGGCCAAACGCGAUGCAUCGCAAGUGACGGAAGACAUAUACUCGGAUUCCAAGACACUGCUCAAACUCUUCGGAGUGCCGUGGAUUGACAGUCCAUCUGAGGCGGAAGCGCAAUGUGCUGAGCUAGAUCGACUCGGACUUUGCGCUGGUUCCAUUACAGAAGACAGUGAUAUAUUCCUAUUUGGCGCCCGAACAGUGUACAAGAACAUGUUCAGCCUCAGUAAUACUGCGGAGCUGUACCAGAUCAACGACAUUGAACGCAUGCUGAAUCUGUCCCGCACAGACCUAAUUAAUGUGGCGCUGUGCAGUGGAUCAGACUACACAGAAGGCAUUCGUGGAGUGGGGCCGGUGACGUCUAUUGAAAUCAUCAGCGAAUUUGGCGGAAGCUAUGGUGACGACGACGAUGACGAUGACGAUGAAAAGGGUACGCAAAUUGGAAUGACUGGCACGUGUGUGGACCCUCUGGUGCAGUUCAGAGACUGGUACGAACUUAAUAGGCUAGUGCCUGUACACAAGGAUGAGGCAGAGACGGCUUUCAGGAGGAAAUUGCGUAUGGCUAAGGUGCCUCUGAUGCUCCCGCGGGGCUUUCCUGAUCCAGAGGUUCGCAAGGCUUACACUCAUCCAGCAGUGGACACCAGUACAGAAUCCUUCGAGUUUGGCGACCCUGACAUAGACAAGCUGCGUGAGUAUGCAUCGGCCAUGUUCAAUUGGGAUUAUGAGCGUACAGACGAGAUGCUACUGCCAGUGGUGAGGCGGCGGAUGAACCCCGACAAGCAGCAACGUAGACAGCCUACGCUGCACGCCUACUUUGCGCCCCAGGCGCAGUCGGCCAACCGCAGCAUCGAAAGCAAGCGCGUGAAGACAGCCAUCAGCCUGCAGAGGAAGAAGAAGGUGCUUGAAGCAACUAAGAAGAGGAACAAGAAGAUUCGGAAGAAGCAAAUGGAAUACAGACCUAAGAAGAGGAAGGCCACUUCUCAUGAGAGCACUGACGGAACAACCGCAUCCACUGGCAAGGCCGCGAAAGUAGUUGGCACAUCCAAGGCUACGCGAAGUGUGACUCGCGAAUCCUGAAAUGUGCAUAUCCAUUCAUCAGCCAGAGGUGUAUGAUUCAGGACGAGACGAAACAUUCGUAAACAAUUGUUCUGGCCAUCAAAUGAAAAGAUUGGAGAAACAGAGCUAUUCAGCUCAGAUUCAUACCCUUGGACUAACAGAAAUCGAAAUAAACUACUUUACAUCAUGA